AGAAACAUAGGGCUUGAAAUAGCAAGCAGAUGGGGGGUUGAACUGUUGAAGUGUAAGUAUGGGGGAUGUGAUAAUUAAUAUAACCAAACCCUGAGGGUCUAGAAGAUUCUUUGGAGGCGAACGGCACACAUUUUUCCGAUCAAGUAUACAUACAGGAACACCGUAUCCAUCACACCGUUUAUCCCCCACGGUCCUCGGAGUUUCAACCAAAUCAUUCUACGUCAACCCCAUUAUUUCUGUUCCUUCAAACAUUAUCCCUAAUUGUUCUUCGCUGGUCAAAGGGGGCGUGGUUAGAUGGCAAUCGAUGAAAUAUUCGGUGAAACUCGACCUGUGCUUGCCCCAACCAAGAGUGCACUUUAUGUUUGGGGUUAUAAUCAGUCUGGCCAAACAGGGAGAAAGUGUGAAGAACAAAACUUAAGGAUCCCGAAACAGCUUCCACCUGACCUUUUUGGGUGUCCGGCAGGAGCCAAUUCACGGUGGUUAGAUGUGGCUUGUGGUCGAGAACAUACUGCAGCCGUGGCCUCUGACGGGUCACUCUUUACCUGGGGAGCAAAUGAGUUUGGUCAGUUGGGGGAUGGAAGCGAAACUAGUAGAAAACAUCCUAAAAAGGUGAAACUAUUGCAAAAUGAGCUUGUGAUAUCCGUGUCUUGUGGAGCACAUUGUACUGCUGCGAUUGCAGAGCCUCGUGAAAACGAUGGAACAAUCUCUUCUAGAAGACUUUGGGUUUGGGGACAAAAUCAGGGAUCUAACUAUCCACGUCUAUUCUGGGGAGCAUUUUCUCCUGACACGGUUAUUCGUCAAGUCUCAUGUGGGGCUGUGCAUGUUGUGGCACUAUCGGAGGACGGUCUACUCCAAGCUUGGGGCUACAAUGAAUAUGGUCAGCUUGGGAGAGGUGUUACUUGUGAAGGGCUUCAAAAGGCUCGUGUUAUAAACGCAUAUGCUAAAUUCCUUGAUGAAGCCCCUGAGCUUGUAAAGAUUACUCAAGUGUCGUGUGGCGAGUACCAUUCGGCAGCCGUUUCAGAGGACGGCGAGGUUUACACUUGGGGGUUAGGAAACAUGGGCCAACUUGGGCAUUAUUCUCUUCAAUCAGAGGACAAAGAGUUAAUACCACGACGUGUGGUUGCACUUAACGGAAUAUUUGUCAAGCAUGUAGCCUCAGGUGGCGUGCAUACAUGUGCUGUGACUACAAAAGGAGCGCUAUACGCGUGGGGCGGCGGUCAAGCUGGUCAGCUAGGAGUGGGCCCGCAGACCGGAUUCUUUUCAUUGGUGGCUAGCGACUCCGGAACCAUGUUCCGUAACAUGCCAGUUUUGGUCCUGCCGUAUGGCGUCAAACAGGUGGCUUGUGGCCAUUCUCACACUCUUGUUUCAACUCAAGAUGGUAGAAUCCAUGGGUGGGGUUAUAAUAGCUAUGGUCAAGCGGCUAACCAGAAGUGCACUUACGCUUGGUACCCAUCUCCAAUUGACUGGUGUGUUGGCGAAGUAAGGAAGCUGGCGGCUGGUGGUGGUCAUUCGGCGGUGCUUACAGACGCUUGUUCCUUGAAGGAGCUGUGUGAGUUUAGGCUUGCAGACACUGUGACACCAUGGAAUGCUUCUAUGAUUGAAGAUGUUGCUUAUCGAACUGGUUCUGAUGCUUUGGUCCGCCUUUGUGAGAGGUUAAGGGAACAUCACCCUGAUGGUGGAACUUGUGGCUGUUAAACCAAGAAAAGAAGCUCCUGUUAUGUGUCAAUUCACUCAUUGGCUGGUGUCGUCGUGUUUAUCUGUAGCCGUUAAUGUUGUACUUCAACAUCGUAUGACAUUAAUUUGUGUAUUUAUCAUUUAAGAACAUGCAGAAAAUUAAUCUGUUGUAUUAAUGUAGUACACCCUUUUGGGAAAAAAAAACUCAAUGUUGUUGCUAUUAUUAAACUGGUGUGUAGAUACAUGCAACAUCUGAAUUUAAUAUGAAAUAAUAUCUGUAUAAUAGGUAAAUGCAUUGGUAUUU